AUGAGUUUCCGACUACUACCCCACAGGCGAGCCCUUUGCGCUGCACUCCGCUCUGCCAAUUCCUCCAUUCGUCCCUCAUCCCAUCGUCACCUCUCCACCACCCCCGUGUACUUCCAGGCCGGCCGUAGCUUCCCCGAGCAAAGCACCAGCACCAGGGACGACGCAUCACUCCCGCCAUCCGCCGCACCCCCAUUCCCCGAGACGAUCUCCAAUGGCCACCAGCCUCGCCUCCAGGGCAAAGUUGCCGUGAUCACCGGCUCGUCGUCGGGCCUGGGCCGCGCCAUUGCCCUGGCCUACGCCUCGCACGGCGCCAAGCUCGUCGUCUGCGCAGACCUGCGGCCCGCGCCCGCGCUGGGCGUGGAAGAAGGCGAGGAUGCGGUGGUGCCGACGCACGAGCUGAUCGAGAAGAAGUUCGGCGCCGGCAGGGCCGUAUUUUCAGAGUGCGAUGUCGGGACGCCGGCCGACGUCAAGCGAGCGGUUGAGAUGGCUGUUAGUAAGGGCGACGGACGUAUGGACAUCAUUGUGAAUAACGCAGGUCUUGGAACUAAGAAUAGAUUCAUCCGUGUGCACGAGGAGGAAGACGACGAGUUUGACAGAGUGAUGAAAGUGAACGUUCGCGGAGUCUAUCUCGGCUGCAAGUACGCCUGCGCCCAAUUUCUCAAGCAGGGCCCGGAUGCCACUGGCAGACGGGGUUGGAUCGUAAAUGUCGCCAGCAUGCUAGGCUACGUAGGAAUCACAGGCGGCGCUGCCGCUUAUUGUGCGAGCAAAGGCGCCGUCCUUAACAUGACCAAACAGAUUGCCGUUGACUAUGCAGCUGACAGAAUCCACUGCAAUGCUUUGUGCCCUGGUUUCACAAAAACGUCAAUGACGCGUGGAAACUUCACCAAUGCCGAGGUCAACGCAUCCAUGAUCAGCACCACACCUUGGGGCGAAUGGGGAAAUGUGACGGAUGUGGCUAAAGGUGCUGUUUUCCUGGCCUCGGAUGACGCCGCGUGGGUGACUGGAAUCGGACUGCCCGUCGACGGCGGCUAUUUGGCGCAGUAG